AUGAGCGGGGCGCAGGGCGCGGCGGCCUGGUCGCUGCGGGCGGCGCGGCCGCUCUGGCUGUGGGGGGCGGCGGUGGUGGCGCUGGGCGCCUUGCUGGGGGCCUGGCGGUGGGCUGGCGGGCGGAGGAGGCGCCGCGGCCGUUUGCAGCGUGUGGGGACGGUGCUGAGUCUCUCCGUGUACCCGGUGAAGUCGUGCCGAGGGGUGGCGGUGCGGCAGGCGGAGGUGACGCCCAUGGGGCUGCGGAGCGGGGAGCUGCGGGACAGGUUUUGGCUUGUGACAAAGGAAGACGGGCACAUGGUCACAGCUCGCCAGGAGCCGCGGCUGGUCCUCAUUUCUAUCAGCACUGAAAAUGGAGACAUGAUCUUGGAGGCCCCGGAUAUGAAGCCGCUGUACGUGCCGGUAAAACUCCCCAGGAAAAACCCCGUGCGGAACUGCAGAGUGUUUGGACUGGAUAUCCAAGGCAGGGACUGUGGAGAUGAAGUGGCUCAGUGGAUCACCACGUUCCUGAAUUCAGAGCCGUAUCGACUGGUGCACUUUGAGCCCUCCAUGUUGCCAAGAAAGUCAAAGGACGUGAUAAACCUUUUCCGAACCACAGAUGAGGUUGCCUAUCCAGACUGUAGCCCAGUCUUGAUCAUCUCAGAAGCUUCACUGGAAGAUUUAAAUACCAGGCUGGAGAAGAAAGUUAAGAUAGAGAACUUCAGGCCAAACAUUCUUGUGACAGAUUGCAGUGCUUUUGAGGAGGACACCUGGGAGGAGAUUUUUAUUGGCAAUGUGGAGUUGAGAGGGACAGUGUGCUGUGCCAGGUGUAUUUUAACAACUGUUAACCCAGACACUGGAGUCAUCGACAGGAAGGAGCCUCUGGAAACAUUGAAAAGUUACCGCUUAUGUGAUCCAUCAGAGCGACACCUAUACAAAUCCAGCCCUCUCUUUGGAAGAUACUUUGCUGUGGACAAAACUGGAACAAUUCGAGUUGGAGACCCUGUGUACAAGAUGGUCCAGUAAUGAGAGAAACUUGGAUAAGAAGAUUGCUUUCUCACUUUGAUGCGCAAAUCGUUUUCAUGUGAACGUUGUCACCAGCAUAACUUUUUCAAAUUCCUUGCAGUAUUUUUUGUGCCAUGUUCCUUUGUAAGGUGCAGUGGGGUCUUUGGGGUUAUUUCAGAUCAUGUCAUCUACUAGCAUGAACAUAGCAACCAUGUCUUCAGAUUUUUUGGAGGCUGUGACAGAAGAACCUGUAGUCCCAAACAGGCUUCACCGCACAACUGAGUAUCACACCUCCUAAAAUUUCAUGUCUAGCCUGCUGUUAGAAUCCAAAAUUAUGUACAAGGCCUUUACAUCAUGUUUUAGCUAAAUUCAGUGCCUAUAAAGAACCACAGAAACAGUCAUGCCAGGUAUAAAGUAAAUACAUUGGUCAAUGAGAUGCCUUUACAAGUGAACAUGGAGUGCAGAUGGCAAGGCUCUGUCUUAGACUCUACCUUUCUUUGGUGGUAACUAUCUUACUCUAUCUAGAGAUGUAUUUUUUGCAGUGUUUCUUACCCUGCAGGUGUUUUCCUGAAGAUUGCCAUUGAGAUUGGAGCAAUACCAGAAGGAGUGGGAUUGUUAGGUGACUAAAUGCUGCUCUAGCCUAGAGGUGGGAAUCACUGACUAACAGUGUAUAAGACUGUUUGUUUAGUUUAUGAUCCCUGCUUGAUAGAGUUUGAGCCAUCAAUUUCUUCUCCUAUGUGACAUACUAUAACACUGAGGCUACAGAGUAGUAAUGCAUUUGCUACCCUGUCAGUAGAGCUUCCAGUUCACAUAAAAAAAAAAUGAGUUGUUCACUGUCUCAGAGACCUUAUGCACUCUGGAGGGGAAGAAAAGCUGUUGGGAGUGGAUCUGUUUCCCAGCCUGUCCCAUUCAAACUCAUGUCCAGGCCAAUGUUGUAGGGCUCUGGGUUCAUACAUGGUUCCUCUCUGGCUCAGUGAAUCUCUCGUUAUAGGAAUUCAGGCUCCUAAGCAGAUGUUUGGGAAGCUGCAGUUUUGGACUGUGUUAGCAUCCUUACUGAUUAUCCAUUUAGAUCUCUGGUUGCCCCCACCCCUGCCCCCUAUUCUAACCAAAAUGUGAGCUAAUUGUAGGAAGCUGGUAAUUAUAUUUUCUGCUAUAUUUUAUACUGCAUAAACAGAUAGGGGAGGAAACUAGCUGGCUUAUGGCAGUAGUACUUUUUCUUUAGAUGUGAUAGGAUUUUUUUUUUUAAGGAAAAAGUAGACUCCAAGACAAAAGCCAGCCAUCUUUCAAAUGCUUGGCUGCCUGUUGCUUUGUUAUGGAUUUUUAGACCUAGAAAGACUGCUGAACUAACCAAUAAAGAAGAAUCUAAUCAAGUGCGAAGAAGGACAAAUCAUGACUCAAUUUGGUGCUUGGAUUCUUGUCUGUUCUGAAUACGAAACGGGGAAUUUUGCUGCAUGUUUGCAACUCAGACCUGUAAAAUGAAGAUCCAUUGUGCCUUUGAGCAAGUCCAGAUGGAUGUAAGUGGUAAGCCUGAAGCAGGUAUAUGGGGAAGGCAGUUUCCUGUAAAUGGAGAACUAAGAGGUGCUCCAUAUAGCCUUUGGUUAACAGAGUGCUCUGUCAGUCUUAAGUUUUUCUGUGACAAACAAGUGCCCAGUUUGGACUGCAUGUUGUGUAUUUGUGUAUUGUUAAGCCUGAAGCAGCAACUAGGUAGAGGAAGCCAGGGAAAAAGCAUCUUCUGAAAAGGAAAAGAAUCCUGAGAUUCACUUUCAAAAAGCGUAUGCUGAAGAUCUUUAGUAUUAGAAGCUGAAACUUUGUAGAAUUCCUAAUGGCAUUAUUAAGCAAAGACAAUCUGCUGGGCUGCCAGAACAAUUAGUUAAGUGUGUGCCUCCUCAUUAAGUCAAAGGAGUGGAAGGAAAUAAAGCUGAAUUUUUGCCUCUAGCCAUACGUUUUUUCACUGU